GGAGAGUACACGCGUUUAUUUUCAUGGAUUUAGACAAAAAAGAUGAUUUCUAGAACUAAAAUCCAACUUAAAGAUAAAUUCGAUACGGAACUUUUUAUUAAGACCGUCGAAAAAUUUCCGGAAAUAUGGGAUACCAAUCACCAGGCCUACCUGAAUGCGAAGCGGCGGGAAAGAGCUUGGGAAAAGAUUUGCGCGACUCUCGUGUCUGACUGGGACGUCCAUAAGGACAAACACAAAAUAUUAUAUGAACUGAAGAAAAAAUGGACCCACAUUAGGGAUUACUGUCGCAAAAGGACCCUGACGGAAAAAAAUUCGACUGAUAACGCCGAUCAAUACAGAAAAAGAUACAUUUACGACCACCUCCUUCAUUUCCUGAAACCCAUCAUCGCACCGGGCCAAGACGACGAGAGCACGGAGCAGGAGGUCUACGUCACCGAGGGAGACUCGGCCGAUCAGUUCCGGGAGAGGUCCCCAUCAGCAGACCGAUCACAAGACCCGUCACUGACUCAAACCCCAAAGAGGAUUAAGACUGAGCACAGUUACAGUGAUAUCAAUUUCGUUUUAACGGAUCUCGGCCCACACCACAACCCCACCACUGCGUCUCCAGAACCAGAUGUCAGCGUCAGAGAUGUUAGUGUCAGUUUCGACAAUCCUCUCCACCUGGAGCCUCGAGCCGAAGCCCAGGAUAAGACAGACGAUGACUCCAAGUUCCUGCUGAGCUUCCGAGGGUACAUGCGGAAGAUGACCGACGAACAGAAGGUCGAGUUCCAGAUUGGCAUGUUGAAGUUAGUGAAGAAAACGUUGUGGGAAGGGUCUUAGCGAAUUAUUGAGUGAUUUUAUUUCUUUAGUAUCGACAUUCGGGUUAAAUCAGACCGCAACGUGA